CAAGGCAAAGCCCAACUGCGAAACGACCAACUGCGAAACGACGAACACUCCAGCAGCUUCCUUCCCGAAUCGAGGCAUCCACGUCCCACAGUGUUGGAGGCUUGGAGCCCAGCACCACGUGACCCUGCACCGGCGGCGAGCCCGGCAUGGCCAUGCUCCUCCGCCGCCGCCUCCCGCUGCUCCGCCUCCUGCGGCAGCUGCACACUGAAUCGGCGGCUUCGGCCUCCUCAUCCACCACGCCUCCCCUUCCUCUACAGAAGCCUCCCGCCGCCUCCUCGCCGUCCGUUGCGACAGGAUCACGCCGCCUAGGGUUUCUCAAUGCCACGUCGCUCGCUUCGGCGCGCGGGGCUUCGGGAUCGUCCUCCGCUGCCGCCUAUCUCGCUGUCGGCGCGGCCGCCGCGCUCGCAUCGCUUCAGGUGGCCUAUGCCGACGGCAAUGAGCAGGGCCCGGUCGGCCCGGCUGUGAGUGCUGAUCCCACCGAGGGGGAGGAUUUGGCUCGCAAGGAGAAAAGGAGGAUAAUGGAGCUCGUCCAGAGCCGUGGGAUGCAGCGCGGGUCAUACCCUCAGUUUGAUGUUGCAAUGAAGGGCCAAAAGGUGGUUGUUAAAUUCAACAUGCCAUCUACUUGCAAUAUAUCACACCUCAUUGUUGAUCUUGUAACCCAUAUCGGACUUGAGGCAGAACAACAUGGUGGUGGCUCGGAGGUGCUAGUGCGUGCUUGGGACAGUCCAGCUGCACGUCAAAUCACAUUGAACCCUCCCAAGAAGACUAGCACUGGAGAUCUCAAUGAAGAUGGUCUCUGUGUUUUGAUAUUUGAGCCACUUAUCGGAUCGGAUUAUUCUGAAAUUGAAUUCAUCAAGCGUGGGAGUUUUAGUUUGAAAGAACUUGAAGCUUUGAUCAGUGCUCUAAAAGUAGCUGGCGAAAAAGAUGUUAAGGGGUCAUCAGGGAAGGGUAAUAAAAACACACCGAGAAAAGGAAACGGUCAGAGAUCUAAGCAUGUACCCUCUAUGGAGAAAGUUGUUUCUGAUUUAGAGGCUAUGGGAGUAAGAGUCUAUGGAUUUGAUGAAACAUCUAGUGUUCCAAUGGAUGGCACUGUAAUCUGGGAGAACCUUGCAGGGUAUGAACCUCAGAAAAGGGAAAUAGAGGAUACCAUACUAUUGGCUUUACAGAGUCCUGAAGUGUAUGAUGACAUCGCUCGUGGUACACGCUGCAAAUUUGAGACAAAUCGUCCUCGAGCUGUUUUAUUUGAAGGGCCACCUGGGACGGGCAAGACAUCUUCGGCUCGGGUUAUUGCCAAACAAGCAGGAGUUCCACUACUAUAUGUGCCACUUGAAGUUGUUAUGUCAAAAUAUUAUGGUGAAAGUGAGCGCCUGUUGGGAUCUGUUUUUUCACUUGCAAACGAUCUUCCUGAUGGAGGUAUUAUAUUCCUAGAUGAGGUGGAUUCUUUUGCUAUGGCUCGAGACAGCGAAAUGCAUGAAGCUACACGAAGAAUCUUGUCGGUAAUUCUGCGACAGAUUGAUGGAUUUGAGCAAGAUAGACGGGUGGUGGUUAUUGCAGCAACAAAUAGAAAGGAGGACCUUGAUCCAGCUCUCAUCAGCCGUUUUGAUUCAAUCAUCUGUUUUGGCUUACCGGAUCAGCAAACUCGUAUGGAAAUAGCUGCCCAGUAUGCCAAGCACUUAAGUAAAUCUGAAUUGGUUCAAUUUUCGUUGGCCACUGAAGGGAUGUCAGGAAGAGAUAUCAGGGAUGCUUGCCAGCAAGCUGAAAGACACUGGGCGUCAAAGAUGCUGGCCGGAGAUUGGCAGGAGCUUCAUACUGGUGGCCGGCCGUCUCUCCUACUCCCACUCCGCUCCCUCUCAGAUCCCAGCCGGAGUUCAGCAGGGGCUUCAUACUGGCGAGGGCGGCCGCGGGGCGCAAGCGGCCGGCAGCAGCGGCGCUGAGGCACGCGGGUGCCGGUGGCGAGGCAUCGCGCGGCCGGGCGGCGACGGGGCCGAGGAACGCGGGCGCCGACAUCCCGCGGCUCAGCAGCGGCGCGGCGCGCAACUUGACGGCAGUGCAUAAGGCGGCGACGGGUGCCCGCAUAUCUCUGUCUGCGCCUCUCUUUUCUCUGUAAUCCACUAAUCCUCUUUUUCUCAUCUCAUGCGUAGCACAUGGCGGCGAGCUUCGUGCGUGGCGAUGCCGUGGUGGCUCCCUCUUCUUCUCCCCAUAGAGCAAGCAAGAACAGAUCUCGUUCCUCUUCUCCACUCCAGCUUGAUUUCUGUCCACAAGCAAACCAGAUCAUCCCCUUUCGUCUGAUUUUUUAUUCCAAUCCCGGUAGCUGUGGCGCUACCUUUCUUGUGUCUCAUUCAUUCAUGCUCCCUCCCAUGAAGCAAAUAGCAGCGCCAUCCAUCCCUCCCAUGGCCAAACACGACAGCAGCUCAUCUGGUGUGGUUGGUGAGGACGGAUCAGGGCGGCACGCGCCGUGCGGUGCCAGGCUGCGGCUGGGCGGCACAGCGCAGGUGCGGCCCGACGAGCUCGAGGGCGGAGCGGGCGCGGUCUCGAGGACACGAUGAGUUUGACGGCAAGCUCCGUAUCUGGAGAGCUUGAGGGGGGGCGCGGGGGAGGUCGGGGAUGAGGUCCUAGCGGCCGCGGCGAGCUUGAGGACCUGCGGCCGCCUACCCACCCCAGCUGCGUCGGUGAUGGCGUGGGCAGCCAUGUGAGGCCAUGGGCGUGGCGGUGAUGAAGGUCAAGGCCGCCAUGGUCUCCGCCGUCCAGGUGAUGGGUUCGACAAAAACUGCCCGGAAGAAACGUCGAAUAGUCCCCAACGCAGAAUUACUCGUUUCCUCGUGCGUCGGUUCUCGAGUCGACUUGAUUCCUCACAUGAGAAACGGUUUCGAGUGUUUUUCCUCUCUCGCCUCGUUAAAUCUACUGCCACUUUUUCGGACAUGGCAUUCUAUUUAAUCCUA